CUAUUAUUUCUAAUAUUUACAUAUUACUUACUAUAUUAUAUCAUCCCAUCAUCUCAUCUCUCGUCCCCAUCAAACUUUCUUGUUUCUUUUCUCUUAAGCACCGUGCAUUUCCAGCUACCAGGCCAUCGCAAAAUGCAUUUUACUUCGGGGCUCACCAGACCAUUGGGCCUGUUGCUCGUAAGCGCGAUAGGAGCUCGCGCUGCCGGUUUACACUACAAGCCAUCAACCCCGAUAAGCCAGCGCAGCGCUCAGGAGGUCGUCUCACAGCUCAACCUCAUCCCCAACGAGGAGAAGGGCUACUACGUGCAGACCUUUGAGGACGCCGACUCCGUCACGAGGGCCUCGAGCAACGGCACCCGAUCCGCCAGCACCGCCAUCUACUACCUGCUCGAGGGCGCGGCGGGGUCGUCCUACUGGCACCGGGUCGACGCGGUCGAGGUCUGGCACUUCUACGCCGGCGCGCCGCUGACCCUGUCGCUCUCGGACAACGACGGCAAGCCCCCCGUCGACGUGGUGCUCGGGCCAGACGUCUUCAACAACGAGCAGCCGCAGGUGGUCAUCCCGAAGGGCACGUGGCAGAGCGCGCUUUCGAGCGGCGAAUGGACUCUAGUCGGUACUACCGUGGCCCCGGGUUUCGUCCCAGAUGGCGUGGAACUUGCCCCGCCUGGCUGGAAACCGGACGGAGCUCGAGGAUGAAGCGCAAAUCAUAGGAGCGAAGGCUGAGACAGAACGCAAAACCACGUGUCUCAUAGUUAUUCCACAGAAUCAGCCAGCAUAGUAAUAUUAAUAAAGAUGC